UCUAGCAAAAUUAGUCAAAUGCCUGUUAUUCUGACCCCUCUACAUUUUGACCGGGAUCCACUGCAAAAACAGCCUUCCUGCCGAAGAUCUGUUGUUAUCCGAACCUUUAUCACUAGUGAUUUUAUGACAGGCAUUCCAGCAACUCCAGGGAACCAAAUACCAGAAGAGGUCCUGUUAAAAAUGGUAAAUGAAAUUAUGAAGAUCCCUGGCAUCUCUAGAGUGAUGUAUGACCUUACAUCUAAACCUCCUGGAACUACAGAGUGGGAAUAAGCUACAAAUUUUAGUAGCAAACAAGAACUGUACGUACUGUCCAAAUAACCCAAGAACAACAUUCCUAUUGUUGACAUGCAGUACUGUGACAGAUGCGUGACUAGAGCUGCUACAUUGCACCUUUUAUCCCCACCAAAUAUAGUUUGUGGUGAUUGGUGUGUACCCUAAAAGGAUGACAACUGUGGGG